UCAGCAAUUUUCACGGACGUCUGACGUCAAUUCCUCGACGAAGAAGAGAAGAGACGGCGACGAAGAAGAAGAGGGAAGGAAAACUUCACUCACUUCGGAAGAAACCAUUUUGAAAAUUCCCUACAAAUUUUACGCGAAUGACAAGCGCGGAGCGUCGCGAGGAAAGCCCGCUCGUGAAUAGGCAUGCUCAGCCGCGGACCAGAGCACCCUGCAGCCGCCUGCCGCCACCGAUGCAGCGCGCGGGGGGGGAACUGCGACGGCCCCACCAAACAUCCACCAGUGAUGGCCUUUGCUGAAAAGCAUACCUCCUGCCUCCACCAGUGCAGCACAUAAGGACACACACGUGCACAUACACACACACACACUCACACACACUCACACACACACACACUCAUGGUAUCCACAGAUACUGGAUUUUACCACACUGUGCUGACCAUCACAUACGUACACAUUUGCACACUGUGUCUGGCACUUCCAGAAGUUUGACCACACACAUACACACACACACACACUCACACCCCCCCACACACACACACUCACGGCCACCCACACACACCAUGUACAGUGUGGAAGACCUGCUCAUCUCCCAUGGCUACAAACUGUCUCGGACCUGCCCCCCCGUGCCCCCCCCUUCCCACACUGCGGCCCCCCCCUCCUCCUCCUCAGCGCCUCUGGACAACAACAAGCAUCGCCAUGGCAACCUGCGCCGCGACAUGGACCCCCGGCCCGGGGGAGGAGGCGGGGCCUUCAACGGCGUGGGGACAGAAGGCGGGGCAGAGGGGCGGGCAGAGGCUCCAGGGGGCGGAGCCAUCCAGAGAGCAGAAGGUGGGGAGAUGGUGGAGCGCCUCCAGAUACAGAGGCGGAAGGACAUGCCGCUCAGUUACCUUGGUGACCUGCAGCCCCUUGGAGACUCCUUGGCGACGGACAGCGGGUUCUAUGACGCGCCCAGCCUGACGUUCUCGGAGCACCCUGAGGAGCGGGACGUAUCGUACUGGCGGCGGCGCGGACAGGACUUCAGUGCUCUGCUGGACUACGCUGACCCCCGUGAGCUGCGUCUGUCUGGGGGCCUGUGGCGCGGCGGCGUGGGGUUCGCCCCUGAGGAGCUGAGAGCUGAUAGGCCGGUGGCGCGCUGGGAGGAGCCUCCGAGCUGGCAGCAGAGGGAGCCGGCGGCUGCGGCGGUGUUGGCGGCGGCGGACUCGGGGCCAGAGACGCUGCGUGUGAGUGUGACCGGUGACAGGAAGUGCCAGAGCCUGGGCACGGAGGAGUGGCGUCCGGCCGUGGGGCUCGGCCGCCAGCUGUCCGACAGCGAAGCAGAGCGCUGGGCUCAGGAGCAGCAGCUGCAGCUGCGUCUGCGGCCACAUGAGGGCGCUGUGGUGCCUGUCGUCCGGCAGAAGUCCCAGUCCCUCCCACGCGUGCUCUCGCCCGAGGACCCGCAGUAUGCCGACCCCCCCUCCACUGGCCCCCCCGCCCUGCCCAUCGCCCCGAGACUGAACGGCAGCGCCCUGUAUGGACGUUACCCCAGCGACUGGGCCAGUGGUGGGGAGCGGUGGGCUUGUCAAGGUCAAGUUCAAGGUCAAAGUCAGAGUCAAUUGCAGAGCCAAGGGCAAAUUCAAGGGCAGAUUCAGAGUCAGAGUCACUUCCAAGGUCACGGGAGCACUGCAGUCGUACCAAAGCCUCGGUUCAGCCGGCCUGUGAAGCCCCCGUCUUACGAAACCCACCAGCAGAGCCGGGGUAGCUGGGAGACCCUGUCCUCUGAGCCCGCGGCCAAACACAGGGACAGGCCACUUGCUUAUCCCCAGAACAUAGAGCCUCUCAGAGACCGAUCCCUUUGCCUGUCACAGAGUUCAGAGCCUCUCAGAGACCGAUCUCUUUGCCUGUCACAGAGUUCAGAGCCUCUCAGAGACCGAUCCCUCUGCCUAUCACAGAGUUCAGAGCCUCUCAGAGACCGAUCCCUCUGCCUAUCACAGAGUUCAGAACUGCUCCGAGACCGGUCACUCUGUGUCUCACAAAGCUCGGAGCCUUUCAGAGAUCGGUCACUCUGCCUCUCUCAGAGUUCAGAACCACUUAGGGACCGUUCACUUUGCCUCUCUCAGAGUUCAGAACCACUUAGGGACCGUUCCCUUUGCCUAUCCCAAAGUUCAGAACCCCUCAGAGACCGGUCGCUUUGUCUAUCCCAAAGUUCAGAACCAUUACGUGACCGGUCACUCUGCCUGUCUCAGAGCUCAGAACCGUUGCGAGACCGACCCCUUUGUCUCUCACAGAGCGCGGAGCCCUUGAGGGACCUACGAGACCGGCCAUUAUGUCUGUCUCAAAGCGCAGAACCCCUCAGAGAUCUCAGAGACCUUAGAGACCGGUCCAUUUGCUUCUCGCAGAGCGCAGAACCUCUCCGGGACCUCAGAGACCGGUCCAUUUGCUUCUCGCAGAGCGCAGAGAUCCUGAGAAUGGACGUGAGACCCGACCUGUUACCCCACGACCUCUACGGCUCAGGGGUCGAGCCGCCGGGGUACAACCCCCCCCCCUCGUACCGCAGGAUGCCCCCGCACAGGGGCCUGAUCAGCUACCGCGCGGAUGCGGCGCACCUCCGGUGGAAGCGCGAGCCUGUGAGUGCCGAGAUGGGCAGGUGGUUCUCUCGGCAGCCGCCGGCCAUUACAUGGACCGACCACCGCUGGGACGACCGGAGCUUGGCCCUGGCCCGAAAGCCGCUGCCUCCGGCUCCGGCGGUUCCGGCUCGGACUGGCCUGGUACAGUACCUUCCCUUCGACGACCUGCGCAUCAGGCACAUUUCCGCAGGCGCCAGCAACAACGCUGUCGCGCUGCCGGACCCGACAGAAAAGAUGCGGCACCACGCGAACAAAGAUCUUCCCACUCCUCCUGCGGUUGUAGGACAAUCCACACAUGACAGUAGUGCCUUCCUGCCCGCACAGGUUGCCGGCGGCAACAACGCCGACGCCGGCCACAAACCAGCCCCCGGCGACCAGGAGCACGCUGGAGGCCGCUGGCAGUGGGGUGCGGCGGCCAAGCCCAGCGAGGCUGUAGCAGUGGACCAGAGCGUCCCCAAGUUCCACGCCACCUUCCCAGCGCGACCCCCUCAGCCGGCCAGGAUAGAGCGACCACCCGAGCCGCCCAAACGGCCUGAGAAGUUACCGGAACCACCGAAGCGGCCUGACAGGCCACCGGAGCUGCCUAAAAGGCCGCCGCCGCCGAUCGAGAGACCCGCCGAACAGCCGAAACGAACGGACGUGAGCGCGACGGAUCAGCAGGGCAAGGGUCCCAAGCCUCCUCCAGACAAAGGCUCGUCAGAGAGCCUGUCCCACAUGAAGAGGCCCGACCCUCCCCCAGAGCCCCCGCCUCCGCCGCCCCCCGCGCCGCCAGAGAAGCCCAAGAGCAUGAAGAGGAAGCUGAACGAGACCAUCUUCUGCCUGGUGUCCGUGCCUGCCGUGCUGGCGCAGUCGCACGCUGACGCAGCAUCUCGGGACCAGAACAACAAUGACGAGGAGAAGCUGCUGCCGGCAGACGAGGGCUCCCCGGUACGUGUGCCACCACCGCCCCCCAGCACCCCCAGCGAGAAGAGCAACACGCUGAGCUCUGGGCCCAACCAGAGCCUCAAGAGCACAUCCACCACCUCCACGGACCUGGAGCUGCAGGCGCUGACUGGCAGCGUGUCCAGCAGCCGCAUGUCGUCCACCCGGAGGCCCCACCACCACCACCACCGCCGGCGUGACUCCCGGCCCAGCAAGCCCAACCCCCACGAUGCACUGCGCCGGUACUCGGGUGCCUGGCCGGGGGACCAGUACCGCGACCAGGAGACACAGACGAGCCCAGAGCCAGCCAAAAGCGCGCCUGCAGCCACCGCUGGCACCACUGCUGCUCCCGCCACCACCACCACCACCACUGCUCCAGGUCCCGCCAACAACACGGAAGCACAACAGCCUGCAGCACCCACAGCACCCCCUGCAGGAGCCCCCGGAGCUGCCAGCGGUGCAGGGCCACCAGGCCCAGAGUGCCCCCCUCCUGACACAGGACCAGGAGCAGGACCAGAGAGCAGCAGCAGUGGAGGAGGUGGUGGUGGUGGUGGUGGCGGCAGCGGGACCCCCUUUGGGUACCCGAUGAAGGGCCAGAAGCGGCUGAAACCGUCCAGCAACAGCGCCUUCUCCCGGACAGGCACCUUCUCCAAGAGCACAGGGCCCCCGGCGGCCAUCAUGCCCGCCGCGCAGGGAGACGGGCCCACGAAGCCCGGUCCGGCCCCCUCCGAGGCGUUUGGCCAGUUCCUACUGAAGCCCGUGAGCCGUCGCCCUGGCGACGCCAUCGAGGAGCUGGAGAGCAUCCACAAGGAGGCCCAGGAGCAGACAGCAGGCAAGCGACCCAGCAUGGACCAGUGCAUCGAGGACCUCAACGAGGCCUACAAGGACAUCCUGGAGCUCAGCACUGCCAGCAACAACCUGGUCACCUUGCCUAGCCUGGCCAGCAACAGCCUGUCCUGCCUGUCCAACAACUUGGUCACCCUGCCUAGCCUGGCCAGCAACAGCAUGUCAGCGCUGGGCAAUAUUCACCACGGCUCCUCCAUGCUGAUUCCUGACCGCAUCAAAGCCAAGCUAGCAUCCAGCGAGCCCAUGGUUGGGCCGAAGCCUGGGGGUGGCAGCCUGCGGUCCGCCGGGCUGGAGAGCUGGGCAGGUGCGGUGCUGGGCGGUGACCCGGAGUAUCGAGAGGUGAAGAGUGCCUUCUCCCGACCGUCCACCGGCAAGAGCGUGAGCUUCAGCAAGCACCUGCGGGAGGAGAUAUGCGCCGCCGGCCCGUCCACCUCUUCAUGCUCCGAGACCGGCUUCCGUGACUACCGCUCUGUCGUGUCCGCCCUCUCCCAACGCCGCUCCAUGGACGGACGAACGGUCAACCUGGACUUCCCGCCGUCGAAGGACAGCCCGCCCAAAGACGAGGCUCCGAGCACGAGCACACAGCAGCAACCCCCUCCUGUCGCGGGCCCCAGUGGCCUUGCAGCGGCGGAGGUGCCCUGGGCUGACCGCCAACCCAUGCAGGACGCGUCCACCCUCACCAGCCCCCCCGACUACGAGCACAUAUGCCAGUCUCUGCAGCAGGGCCGAGACCCAGCCCAGGGGCCGCCGGUGGUCAAACCCAAAGUGCCCGGCGGUGGGGGUGGCGGUGGUGGGGCUGAGGGCCCUGUGGGGCCAGCAGGGGGCGCCGUGGCACGGGAGGAGUGCUGCUACUGCCAGAUGGAAGUCGAGAGGCUAAGGCUGGAGCAGAUGGCGGCGGCCACCGUCGCCAGGGACGACCAGGGCUCUGGGUUCGCUGUGGUAACGGUGGGGCAGGGUGGCCGCUUCCUCGGUGGUGAGGGUGAGGUCAUGGCGGUGCCUCCUGAUUGGAAGAGGCAGCUGUCUUUGGCGGAGAAACACCUGGAGACGCUCAUCACGGGAGAGAGGAGCGCCGGCGCAGAGGCUGAGCCUCCAGGAGAUGCCGACCUGCAGAUCGAUCCAGAACCAGCGCCAAGCGAGGACAAGCCCACGCAGACCCUGGCCAACCUGGACCAGAGAGACCUGGUGCCAGACGAGAAGAACCGGACCGGUUCUCCGACAGCAGAACCGGGUCCAGCUGAGCCCGGCUCCGAGGAGGAGGACGGACAUGAGGGCGGCGGCGGGCAGGAGCCGGUGCGCAUGCGGCGGGAGCCUUGCGCCGCGGCGGUACAUGCUUACCCCGGGCUUGACCCCGCCCUGCUGCAGGAGUUCCCUCCUGACAGACUUCCUCUGUCCGUGCCGCCCAAUCACAGCCGUCGACUCUCAUUGGGCCCAGAGCCAGAACGACGGGGGCGUGUCCCAUCUCAGAGAAUCGAGGCGCUGCAGGAGAGGCUGGCCUCAUCGCCAGGACGGGUUGCUAAGGAGAGGAUAGCCCGCAUGAAGGAGGUGGACUCGGUGUCGCGCAUCAGACGGCUCAGCCAACGCAGCACCAGCUGGGAUGGGGAGGAGACCGCCCCACUGCCCCAGGACACACACAACUCUCCCGCAGAUGUGACAGAGCUGAGCCACAUAGAGGACGUCUGACGCUGAGAGCCAUGAUCAUCUCCACACAAGGCCAAGGUCAUCUCCACACAAGGCCAAGGUCAUCUCCACACAAGGCCAAGGUCGUUUCUCCACAAGAGCAAAGGUCAUCUGUACAGACUGGCCAGCCUCCAGCACUGUGACCUGGCUAUGACCUCCGCAAGAAUGCCUUCACCUCAUAACCCUCUCACCUCUCCGCUCACUCGUACAUCUUCACACACACACACACACACACACACACACACACACACACACACACACACACACACACAAAUGUACAAAUGUGCACAAACAUGACACAUACACUCACACAAACACAGACAUACAUGCAUCCAACCCAUGUAGACAUGCAUAAGCACACAAACAGACACACACAAACACACAAACACACACACACACACACACACACACACACACACACACACACACACACACAGAAAUGGCCUUUUACUCCGACGAGAGCAUUGUGUAUGAGCCGCUCCUGGCCCGGGCCCUAGGUCCCCGCAAGUGCUGUCCCACUGCCAAAGGGAGCUGACCCUUAGCAACCCGCUCUAGCAACCACCUCCUCACCCCACUCACCAGCCCCCCCAGUGCUCCCCGACUGACUGACUGCCAUGGAAACCAUUUUCACCCCACCGUCCCCUAGCAUCCCAUAAUACCCCGUACACACACACACGCACACACACACACACACACACACACACACACACACACACAAUACACGCACACACACACACACACACACACACACACACACACACACACUCCUCCACUGCACGGAGCAAGUGGAGUGGCAUCUGUAGCGACGCUUCAUCUGUAGCGACGCUUCAUCCUGGGUGCGUACGGAUCCCAACCCCAAUCCCCAACCCCUCCCUCCUCUGCCUCAUUGCCCUUGUCUGUGUGGAAAUAUGAAUGUACCAAAAACACUCUGCUUCUGCCCCCCCCCCAUUGUCCUGGUCUGCGUUGUGUGAAGCCCGUCGGCUGAUCAGACGAGACCCCUCCCCCCACACCCCCCCAGAGUGCAGGGCAGGAGCAGAACAGCAAUGGAAUGGAAUGGAGGAAUGGAAUGGCUGGAGAACUGUUCCUCUGGAUCCGCUUAUCACUGAUUGGCUGAUUACUGACUGGCUGAUCAAUGAUUGGCUGAUCACUGACUGGCUGAUUACUGACUUGCUGAUCACUGACUGGCUGAUCACUGAUUGGCUGAUCACUGAUUGGCUGAUCACUGACUGGCACUGACUGGCUGGAGAACUGUUGCUCUGGAUCCGCUGAUCGCUGAUCACUGACUGGGAGCCUAUCAGCACAGACGUUGAUUCAGACCCUCUCUGUCCUUCUCUCUUCUGUUGGUUUGUUAGUUUUGUUUGUUAGUUUUGUUUGUUAGUUUUGUUUGUUUGUUUGUUUGUUUGUUUGUUUGUUUUGGGGUUUACCGUGCCCACAGUGCCAGCUGUCUGCCUGC